CCCAUUUUAGACGCCGCACUGUGAGACAAUAAAAUUAGAAUAAAGUCUACAAAUAGUGAAAUAAAAGACAACCACCAAUGGCUGAUUCGGAUGAUGAAUACGAUCGCAAGCGGCGUGAUAAAUUCCGUGGCGAACGCGACAGCUACAGGCCCGAACGCCGGGACGAACGUCGACCCAUGGGCGGUGGUGCCAAUUCCCGGGACGAGUGGUCCGAGCGGAAUCCUUUUCGAGGCAGUUCGGCUGCAGGCGGAGGUGGCGGCGGCGGCGCACGUCAUCGCCCAGAUUACAGUGACUAUCGUGGCUCCGGACCACGUCCGCGCUACGGCUCGCCAGGACGUGAGAUGCCGCCUGCAAAACGCAUGCGACCCGACUGGGGCGAUAGCGAAAUGAGGUCUAAUCCGCGUUUUGGUAAGUUUAAAAAAAAUGUUACUCCCCCAGCUCUAUAUGGUAUUUGUGCCCAUGCAGGCUACGAUCCGUACCUAGUGCAGGCCUGGAAUGAUCACUAUCAAUCGCUGCACUCAGCCUACUCGCAUUCGGGUCAUCCGUCCUCGGCCCGUGAAUCAGCGCCCAAUGUCGUCAACAGCGACACACAAACACAGCCAGCGAUGCUAACGUUAAAACAAUUUCUGGACACGCAGGACGAGAACAUAUCUGACUCGGAGGUGAUGCGAAAAUACACCGAAUACAAGACGGACUUUAAGCGACAGCAGUUAAACGAGUUCUUUGUGGCGCACAAGGAUGAGGAAUGGUUCAAAAACAAAUACCAUCCCGAAGACAGUGUGCGACGCAGCGAGGAGCAACGCGGCUUUUUGAAGAGACGCACCGAUGUGUUUCUGGAACUGCUCGAGAACGGCACUAUUGGCAGCGUCAAGGUGGAUUCCUCGCAGGCGGAUGCUUUGGUGCGAGUCCUGGACACUUGUGUCAUUAAACUGGAAGGCGGCACCGAUGAAGAUCUUAAGAUACUCGACGAGAAGCCCAAAGAGACACCAGUUGUAUAUGAGCGCAAAUCGGAAUCGACAGAAGCCCCAGUGGUCGCCAAGCGAGAGCCUGAAAGUCCCAAGCAGACAAAAUCAGAGAAAGGCGCUGAUGACGAUCAGCCAGUGGUUGUGUCGCCGCAGCGCAAGAGCCUGCGGCCUGUUAACUCUGAUGAGGAGAACUGGGAUGAUGAGAACGAUGAGAUGGCUGCGGUGCCAGAGGCCGCUAAAAACGAGCAGCAAACCGAAAUAGUGGCUGCGAAGCCGGCCAAAGUGCAAGGCGAUGAUGACUCGAUUAAAAGCGGCAGCGAUAAAAAACUAAAGAAGAAAAAAAUUAAGAAACGAAAUCGCAACAGCAGCGACGAUGACAGCUCAUCCUCAUCCAGUUUCGAGUCGGACUCGGACUCAGACGAUGAGAAGCUGAAAGCGAAAUAUGAUGUGGAGGAGGGUUUGCGCGCCGAUCAAAAAGCGGAGGCACAAAAAGACAAAGAGGAGGCGGCAACGGUGGCCAAAGCCAAUCCGCCAAUCCCACCCGACAGUCCCCAGCCUGAGGAAGGCACUGCCCUCCAGGAUGCGGCAGCUAUCAAAAGUGAACUGAGCGAAGAGCAGCAGGAAAAAGAUACGGAGCAGCCAGCUGAGCUGCAAACGGACGAGCCAACAGCAGCUAAAAAUGGGGAGGAGGCGGAGAAAACAGACAAAAACGAGCUGGAGACGAAAUCAACAGCGGAAGAUGUGACCGAGACAAUCGAUUUGGACAAGGUAAAGGACGGACCGCAGCCACGUGCAUUGCAUCGCACCUCGUCCAUAUUCCUACGCAAUUUGGCGCCGUCAAUCACGAAGGCAGAAAUCGAAGCAAUCUGCACCCGCUUUAGUGGGUAUCUGCGCGUGGCUAUUGCCGAUCCGCUGGUGGAGCGACGCUGGUAUCGCCGCGGCUGGAUAACCUUUACGCGCGACGUUAACAUCAAGGAGAUCUGUUGGAGCCUGAACAAUCAGCGUUUGCGCGACUGCGAAAUGGGCGCCAUUGUCAAUCGGGAUCUGAGUCGACGUGUGCGUCCCGCCAAUGGCAUCACGGCGCACAAGCAGAUUGUACGCGCUGACAUCAAGCUGUGCGCGAAGAUUGCCAUGAAUCUGGAUGAACGUUUUAAGCUGUGGAGCGAGGCAGAUCCCACGCAGCAGCAGCCGGAUGCAGAAAGCAAACCCAGCGCGGACGCAACCAAUGGCAGCGGCGGCAAUUCAACGUCAUAUGGCUUCAAUUCCAAAAAUCCUGUGCUUCAGAACAUAACCGAUUACCUCAUCGAAGAAGCCUCCGCUGAGGAGGAGGAACUGUUGGGAUUGGCCGGCGAUAACAAAGAUGGCGAGGGCGAGCCCAUUGAACGGGACGAGCAGCUAAUUUCGGUUCUGGAUCGUCUGGUGCUCUAUUUGCGCAUUGUGCACUCGGUGGACUACUAUAAUCACUGCGAAUAUCCGUACGAGGAUGAGAUGCCAAAUCGCUGCGGUAUUAUACACGCACGGGGUCCACCGCCUAUGCGCGUCACGAGCAACGAUGUCCAGGAAUACAUCAAGGCCUACGACGGUAAGCUGCAGCAGUUUUUAACCAAGAGCGUGCAGCUGAGCGAUGAUGAUAUCAAAGAACUGGGUGCCAAGAAUCCCGAAACCGAGGUGGAGAAAUUCGUGCAGGCCAAUACACAGGAACUGGCCAAGGAUAAAUGGCUGUGCCCUUUGUCGGGCAAAAAGUUCAAGGGUCCCGAGUUCAUACGCAAGCACAUCUUCAACAAGCACGAGGAGAAGGUGGACGAGGUGCGCAAGGAGGUGCAAUAUUUCAACAAUUACUUGCGUGACCCUAAGCGGCCACAGCUGCCAGAGCAUCCGGGCAGCUCCAAGCGUACUGAAUCAGAGUCUGGUCGUGGUGCCGGCGGCUAUCGGCCGCCCAUGUAUCCGCCCUUCUCAGCUAUGCCCUACGGAUUUGCACCGCCCAUGAUGGGCGGCGGUGGACGCGGCGGACGCAAUUUUCCACCAGUGCGCAGAGAAAUGCCCUUGGAACACCAACGCCGGCUUAUCGGUUACCAUGAUUUGGAUGCGCCCGUUAAUUCCGAUAUGUUUGACUAAUUAAUUGAUUAGCACAAAAAGCAGAAACCACACACAGAUAAUAAACGCUAAAUGCAAUUUUCAAGCUCAGUUCUAAAAAGCAAUUUAAGCAAUGUCUAGCUAAUGGGGACCUACAAAAAACUAAACGCAAAUUAUUACAUAAUUUAUGUCUAAAGAUAUUUAUUUUUAUCUUUGUACAAUAUGCCGAUUGUAAAAAAUGAAUACCCCAAAGGACCUAAUUAAAGAUUUUAAUUUUUCAAUUAAUAAAAUAUCGAUUCUGUUGCUUUCAAUAAUGCAACCGCAAACUUGCGACGAAUUACAAUAAAUGUUUGGUUUUACUAUAUAAGAUUUGUGUA